AUGGCUGAUGCCUUUCUGUCAUUUGCACUACGAAAAUUGGGCGAUUUCCUCAGUCAACAAGUUUCCCUGCUUACAAGUCUCAGAGAUGAAAUUACAUGGCUGAGAAAUGAGCUACUCUUCAUACAACCUUUCCUCAAAGAUGCAGAACUAAAGCAAUGUGCGGAUCAUAGAGUUGUACAAUGGGUGUUUGAGAUCAACUCUAUUGCUAAUGACGCUGUUGCUAUACUCGAAACUUACAGCUUUGAGGCUGGUAAACGUGCUAGUUAUCUCAAGGCUUGUGCUUGCAUAUGUAGGAAGGAGAAGAAAUUCUACAAUGUCGCCAAGGAGAUCAAAUCACUCAAGAAACGAAUCAUGGAUAUCUCUCGCAAACGAGAGACUUAUGGUAUUACAAAUAUCAAUAGUAAUGCUGGAGAAGGGCCAAGUAAUCAGGUUGCAACAUUGAGGAGAACUACCUCAUAUGUGGAUGACCACGAUUACAUUUUUGUUGGCUUUCAGGAUGUUGUACAAAACUUGCUAGCUGAACUUCUCAAAGCAGAGCCUCGUCGAAGCGUCCUCUCCAUUUAUGGAAUGGGGGGUUUAGGCAAGACCACUCUUGCGAGAAAACUUUACACCAGUCCUAAUAUAGCCUCUAGUUUCCCUACACGCUCUUGGAUAUGUGUUUCUCAAGAGAAACUGCUUGAUGUUGGAGCAAUGGUUCCAGAAAUGGAAAGUCUAGCUAAGGAUAUGGUGGAAAAGUGUAGAGGCUUACCUCUUGCAAUUGUUGUAUUGAGCGGACUACUUUCGCAUAAAAAGGGGCUAAACGAAUGGCAAAAGUGUUUUCUCUACUUUGGUAUUUUUCCAGAAGAUCAAGUGCUUGAGGCUGAUAACAUAAUACGGUUGUGGAUGGAGGAUGUCGCUGAAGGCUUCUUGAAUGAGCUGAUAAGACGAAGCUUGGUUCAAGUGGCUAAAACACUUUGGGAAAAAGUUACUGACUGUAGGGUUCAUGAUUUACUCCGUGAUCUUGCGAUACAAAAGGCAUUGGAGGUAAACUUCUUUGACUUUUAUGAUCCAAGAAAGCACUCGAUAUCCUCCUUAUGUAUCAGACAUGUCAUUCAUAGUGAAGGAGAAAGGUACCUCUCACUUGAUCUUUCUAACUUGAAGUUGAGGUCAAUUAUGUUCUCUGAUCCAGAUUUUCAUAAUAUGAGUCUUAUGAAGUUCAGUAGUGUGUUCCAACAUCUCUAUGUGUUGUACUUGGAUAUGCGUGCUGUGUCUAUAAUACCUGAUGCCAUUGGAAGUUUGUACCACCUUAAGUUGCUAAUAUUGAGAGGUAUCCGUGAUGUUCCCUCUUCCAUUGGCAACCUGAAGAAUCUACAGACACUUGUUGUCAAUGAGGGGGAAUACUCUUGCGAACUACCCACCUGA